AUGGACCAAAUCUCAGAUACACAUCGCAAAUCUUUGUCGACCAUAGAAGCUCCCGAGAAGGCAACCUCAACAUGGAUGCAAACCCUUUCUAUUGAGAAAGGUGGUAUUGAGCGUGUUACACCCGAUCAACGACAGGAAAAUGUAACCCAUUUUUGGAAUGCCUGCACUUUCUGGCUGAGUGCGAACAUGGCCGUGGCCACACUUACAACUGGAGCUCUCGGGGGGCCUAUGGGCCUUAAAUUCUGGGAUAGCUUCAUCGUCAUUCUCGUCGUUAACCUGGUUAGCGACCUUCUUCCAGCAUGGACUGCGGCCUUCGGACUGACGGGACUCCGCAUGACCACCUUCUCGCGGUAUUCGUUCGGCUAUUGGGGCAAUCUUCUCGUGGUUGUCUUCUCCAUGGUUGCUACCACAGGCUGGAACGCAAUCAACUCUAUCUCUGGCGCCGCUGUGCUCAACGCCCUCUCCGACGGGCGAUGUCCCACCUGGGCCGGAGUAAUCAUUAUCUGCACAGCAGUCUGGAUACUGUGUGUCUUAGGAAUCAACUGGAUCCACAAAAUCGACACCUUCAUCUGGAUCCCACCCCUGAUAGUCUGGUGCGUAACUGCUGGCACAGGCGCAUCACAUUUCAGCAGUACCGAGCCGAAGGAAUUCAGAAGUAGGGAAGACAGAGCCGCUGCCAUAUUAUCAUUCAUGGCCAUCAUCUUCUCCUUCUCGGUGUCAUGGGUCAACUGCGCCGCGGAUUACAACGUCCGCAUGCCGAUCAACACCUCACGGGCGAGAAUAUUCGGCGCAACAUACAUCGGUAUCCUCAUUCCCUCUGUCCUGGUCCAAACUCUCGGAGCCGCGUUAUUCAGCGGAACGAUACAUCACCCAGAAUGGAAGUCAGCAUAUACAAGUGCAGGCGUAGGCGGACUACUGAAGAUGGCUCUUGAACCGGCUGGUGGAUUUGGAAAAUUCCUGAUGGUUCUUGCGGCGUUGAGCUCUAUCCCGAACAAUAUCCCAAACAACUAUUCCUUCGCCCUACACGCCCAGAACUUCGGUCCCUGGGCCCUCCGCAUCCCCCGCAUUGCCCUCGUCACGUUCGGCUUCAUCAUCUCGCUAGUUGUCGGCUGUUGCGCCGCCCAGUAUUUUAAAGAUACGCUACAGACAUUCUUAAGCGUCAUCGGGUACUGGACUGUCAUCCAUAUCAUCAUCGUCGCAGAGGAACACCUCGUCUUCCGUCGCGGCUGGCAGGGGUAUGACCUUGAUGCUUGGGACGACCCCAAGAAGAUACAUUUCGGAUGGUCUGCUAUUGGGGCCUUCGGGGCCGGAUUUGUCGGUGCUGCGCUCGGGAUGAAGGUAGCCUGGUAUGUUGGGCCCAUUGCUGGGUUGAUUGGGGAAGGGGCCAAUGUGGGUCAUGAGUUGACGGGGGCAUUUUCGGGGAUAGUGUUUCUGGGGUUGAGAUGGGUUGAGAGACACGUUGGUGGGGUGUGA